CGCGUAGUUUAAUUUUAUUUAUUUCGCAUGAGGGAAGGGAGCGCAAUCCGUUAACCGGGGAGGACUGAGGGAGAGAUAAAAUUAGAUAAGGCCUUCUUAUUCCUUCCUGCUGACCUCUCGCUCACAGUUCAAGAGCAGUUGGGGCUCUCAUGCCCUUCACGCAGUGACCGUUUUCUCCAUUUCUGUCAAAACCCUAGUUUUUCUUUUGAACAUGGCGCCCCAAAUUCUUAAUCAGGCGCUGUGUGCCAUGCCACAAAACCCCAAUCAAUGUUUCCCCCCAAAGUUGGGUAUACCUACUAUGGUGUUUUGCUGCCCCUCCGCGCUUGGUUCUUGUAGCCUUCCGUUGUUUUCUAGAGUUACUUCGAACUCAAUUUCAUGGAGUUGCAGUCCUCUCGUUGCCCAACCAAUUAAGUCUACGUUUGCUGUGAGAGCUGAGUCGAAUUCCGAAAGCGGCGGUGAAGGUACUGAUAAUGUUGAAGAGAUUGAGUCGGCCAUUGUUGAAGAAGUUCAGGAAGCUGAAGCGGAAGAGUUGGACUCUGAUCCUAAAGUAGAUGAACCCAAGCCUCCCAGAAAGCCUCGAGUUAGGCUCGGAGAUAUUAUGGGGAUAUUGAAUCAGAGAGCAAUUGAGGCUUCUGAUAAGGAGAGGCCAACUCCGGACCUAAGGACUGGUGAUAUUGUGGAAAUUAAAUUGGAGGUUCCUGAAAACAGGCGUAGGUUGUCUGUUUAUAAAGGUAUUGUUAUAUCAAAACAAAAUGCUGGCAUUCACACAACAAUUCGAAUCCGAAGAAUUAUUGCCGGAGUGGGGGUUGAGAUAGUUUUCCCAGUGUACUCGCCAAAUAUCAAAGAAAUCAAAGUAGUAAGCCACCGAAAGGUGAGGAGGGCCAGAUUGUAUUAUCUGAGAGACAAGCUUCCCAGACUAUCCACUUUCAAGUGAUCCCGUGUGGCUUUUCACUUCCCCUCUUGUUUCGUCUUCAAAAUGGGGUGUGCUGAAUUGGAAUAAGCAUUUCGAUUAGUUCGAUUGGUUGGCUGUAAAGUAAAUUAUGCCAUUUUUUCUUUGGUAAGAAAAUUUCUGUCAUAUUUUUAUUUCUUUUUUGGAACGGACAUUUCUGUCGUAUUUCUUUUCCAUAAUUAAUUAUCCGAGUAGUCAUAACGAGGUACGAUGUAA